AUGGAGACAGUGGCCAAAACUGAGAAGAAGCCUCAUGUCAUCUUUAUCCCACUUCCAGCCCAAAGCCACGUAAAGGCUAUGCUGAAACUAGCGCAGCUUCUUCACCACAAGGGACUCCAAAUAACAUUUAUUAACACAGAGUUCAUCCACAAGCGUUUGCUCAAGUCUGGUGGUGCCCACAGCCUCGAUGGAUCAAAUGGUUUCCAAUUUGCAACCAUUCCUGACAGCAUUCCUCGUAGUUCUGAAGAUGACGAAGCUAAAGAACUGCUCAUUCCUUAUGUUGAAACCCACCUCCUGACUCCUUUUCUUGAUCUUGCAACCAAACUAUCUACUCCUCCAACUCUUAUCAUCUCCGAUGGCUUCACGUCGGUUUUCACCAUCGAUGCUGCCCAAAAAUUGGGAAUCCCGGUCAUGCUCUACUGGACACUUUCGGCUUCUGGCUUCAUGGGUUUUUACCAGACCAAAUCUCUCAUGGAGAAAGGACUUACACCACUAAAAGAUGAAAAUUACUUGACAAAUGGAUUUUUGGAAACCAUUGUUGAUUGGAUCCCAGGAAUGAAAGGAAUCCAGCUUAAGCAUUUACCGAUAUUAGACCCUUCGCACAAACUGUUUAGGUUCUGUAUGGAAGCUACACAAAAUGCCCACAAAGUCUCAUACAAUAUUAUUCACACGUUUGACACAUUGGAGACUAGUCUUGUGGAUGCUCUUUCAUCCAUGAUUCCUCAUGUUUACACGGUUGGUCCAGUUCAGUUACUUCUUAAUCAGAUUCCGGCAAAGGAAAGACAAGCUAAACUGUCGAAUUUCAAUGGAUACAGCUUAUGGAAAGAAGAACCAGAGUGUUUGAAAUGGCUCGAAUCCAAGGAAUUAAAGUCUGUGAUUUAUGUGAACUAUGGGAGUUCAACAGUAAUGUCUUUACAAGAUCUUAUAGAAUUUGGUUGGGGACUUGCUAAUAGCAAUCACUAUUUCCUUUGGAUAAUUAGAUCGGAUGUGGUUGCUGGAGAAUCCGCAGUUUUGCCUCCUGAGUUUGAGGAGGUUAUAAAAAAGAGAGGUUUUAUAGCAAGCUGGUGUCCACAGGAAAAGGUGCUGGAGCACCCUUCGGUUGGAGGGUUCUUGACUCAUGGUGGUUGGGGUUCCACCAUUGAGAGCUUGACAGCUGGUGUACCAAUGAUAUGUUGGUCUUAUCUGUGGGACCAGCUGACUAAUUGUAGGUAUAUAUGCAAGGAAUGGAAGGUUGGGAUGGAGAUGGAGAAGGAGGUGAAAAGGGAGGAAGUUAGUAAGCUUGUACAGGAGUUGAUGGGAGACGGUGGUCUUGUGAUGAGGAAGAAAGCCAUGGAGUGGAAGGAAAAGGCUAGUGCUGCAACGGCUGCCAAUGGUUCUUCGUCCUUGAACGUCAACAAUCUUAUCGAAGAAAUCAUUAUGUUGUCUAGAAAUUAAAUAACGAUUCAUUUUACGAAUCUAAUAAAUAAAUAACUUCUUUAUCAUUGUUACAUUUUACGAAUCUAAUAAAUAACUUCAUAUACUUGACUUCAUGCAUUCAAUUACUAAAUUUAUUAUUUUACA